AUGAUUUCUACACUCAAAGUAAUUCAGCUUACUUCGGCUCACUAUACGGCACAUUGCGCACAUGCACACGUAAAAUCAUCGGGACAUUCAAGAACAGGUCGCCCGCCCCUCAUCGUCCUUCGCGGCCCAGCAGCCAUUCACCUGCCCAGGCUGGCUUUCAGAGCUUUAUUCGUAUUAUUAUGUUUACCACACACCACUGCGCUCAGCUCAGCUCAGCGGUGUGUGCCCAACUUUUCGCCACCCCUUCCUCUCCCCCUACCUGCACUAACUUGCUCGCUCACAACCCGCGGACUCGUGUUCGCUACCGUCAUCAUCACCACCAACACAACUUCACUACACUAA